CUUACUAAGUUCGCGCAUUUUAUUCUUUAUAAAAGAUUAAGUACUAUAAAAGACCUAGUAUAUAUAUUUAUUAAGGUUAUACUUUUAAACUACGGUUUACUAAAAAAAAUUAUUUUUAAUAAAAAUAAACUAUUUAUUUUAAAGUUUUAA